ACUUAUUAAAUAGAAAACCAUGUCGGCCAAACCCCUUUCUGACGAAGAUAAGAAGAAGCAAAUCAGUGUCCGAGGUAUUGCUCAGGUAGAGGAUAUCUCAGGAAUCAAAGAAGCAUUUAACAGGCAUUUGCAUUACACCCAAGCGAAAGAUAGAAAAGUGGCAACUGAGCGUGAUUAUUUUUUCUCGCUUUGCUAUACAGUCAGAGAGAAGCUUGUUGGCAGAUGGAUUCGAACCCAGCAGCACUAUUAUGAGAAAGAUCCGAAGAGAGUGUACUACUUGUCUCUGGAAUUCUAUAUGGGGCGUACAUUGACCAAUACUAUGGCGAACCUGGGUAUGCAGUCGCAAGUUGAUGAGGCGCUCUAUCAGAUGGGAUUGGAACUUGAGACCCUUGAAGAGAAGGAAGAAGAUGCUGGACUCGGAAACGGAGGACUGGGUCGUCUGGCAGCUUGUUUCCUUGACUCUAUGGCAACUUUGGGUCUGGCGGCAUAUGGAUACGGGAUCAGAUACGACUACGGAAUCUUCACCCAGAAGAUUUUCAAUGAUGAGCAACAUGAGGAGACUGAUGAUUGGCUCAAGUUUGGCAACCCAUGGGAGAUUGCAAGACCAGAGUACCAGAUCCCGGUGCACUUCUACGGCAAACUUCACUACCCCAAGGAGGGAGGAGCGCCGCAGUGGGUCGACACCGAGGUAGUGAUGGCAAUGCCGUAUGACACUCCCAUUCCUGGCUUCCGAAACAACUAUGUGAACACUCUGCGACUGUGGUCUGCCAAGGCACCCACCGCCUUCCACCUGAGCUCAUUCAAUGUAGGAGACUACUUGAAUGCCGUUUGUGACCGCAACUUGGCGGAGAACAUCUCGCGAGUGCUGUACCCCAAUGACAAUUUCAUCGAGGGGAAAGAAUUGCGACUGAAACAGGAGUACUUCCUGGUAGCUGCGUCUCUCCAGGAUCUCCUCAGACGCUUCAAGGUGUCCAAGUUUGGCACCCUGGACAAAUCAAGAGUAGACCUGUCGAAACUACCGGACAAGGUGGCGAUCCAGUUGAAUGAUACUCAUCCCUCACUCGCUAUUCCGGAGAUGAUGCGCAUCCUAGUUGACAUCGAGGGAAUGAGCUGGGACGAUGCGUGGAGUCUGACCCAAAGAUGUAUGGCCUACACUAACCAUACUGUGCUGCCCGAAGCUCUUGAGAGAUGGUCUGUGAAAAUGUUGGAGUUUCUGCUGCCGAGACACUUGAACAUCAUCUACGAGAUCAACCAGCGCUUCAUGGACAAAGUGGCGCAAAAGUGGCCGGGAGACUUCCCUCGUAUGGGCCGCAUGUCCAUAGUUGAGGAGUUGCCGGAGAAGAGGAUCAACAUGGCCCACUUGUCUAUAGUGGGAUCUCAUGCCAUCAACGGAGUGGCCGCUCUCCACAGCGAGAUCAUCAAAGAAACAGUGUUCAAGGACUUCUUUGAUAUGGAACCAGAAAAGUUCCAGAACAAGACUAACGGAAUCACGCCAAGACGUUGGUUGGUGUUGUGCAACCCUUCUCUGGCUGACUUGAUUGUGGAGAAAUUGGGCAGUGACGACUGGCUGACAGAUCUGAGCCAGCUGAGGAAACUGGAGCAAUGGGCGGAGGAUCCUCAGUUCCUGAUGGCCGUUUCAAGGGUGAAGAAUGAGAACAAGCAGCGACUGGCACAUUACAUAGAGAAGGAGUACGGCAUCAAAGUGGACUGCCACUCUCUGUUCGACUGCCAAGUGAAGAGGAUCCACGAGUACAAGCGACAGCUCAUGAACAUCCUCCACGCAAUCACUCUCUACAAUAGAAUCAAGGCGAAUCCGAAUGCCAACAUCGUCCCUAGAACCAUCAUGAUCGGUGGAAAGGCUGCUCCCGGGUAUUGGACAGCAAAGCAGAUCAUCAACCUGUUCUGUCGAGUCGCUCGAGUGGUCAACAGCGACCCUAUGGUCAACACCAAGCUCAAGAUGGUGUUCUUGGAGAACUACCGCGUCUCCCUAGCUGAGAAAGUCAUCCCUGCCGUAGAUCUCAGCGAGCAGAUCUCGACAGCUGGUACGGAGGCGAGUGGCACUGGAAACAUGAAGUUCAUGUUGAAUGGGGCAGUGACGAUUGGGACCCUGGACGGGGCCAAUGUGGAGAUGCUGGAGGAGCUGACCAACAAGGAGGACAUGUUCAUUUUCGGCAUGAAGGUCAACGAGGUCGAGGCACUCAAGAAGAAGGGAUACAACCCGUACUCGUUCUACCAGGCAGAUCCGGAGCUGAAGUGUGUAUGUGACAUGAUUAGAGACGGAUACUUCAACCGGGAGAACCCUGACCUGUUCAAGGGCAUCUACUCCAACCUGGUCAACCACGACCACUACAUGCUGCUAGCCGACUACAAGGCGUACAUCGCCGCACAAGACAGAGUCGCAAGGCACUAUGCUAGUCCGACCAGGUGGGCUCAGAUGGCAGUGAUGAAUAUUGCAGCUUCGGGCAAGUUCUCUUCGGACAGGACGAUCACGGACUACGCACAGGAGAUCUGGGAUGUGAAGCCAUGCAAGGAUAUACUCCCAGAACCACACCAGACCAAGUAGAGACCCCCUAUUCCCCACUUUUCGAAGGGGGUUUGAUUGGGUUGUAGGAGAGAAAGGCAAUGAAAAUGAAUGGAUAUAUACUAAUCGUCUUACUGCAACAACAUACAUGUGCUUCUUAUUACGACUAAUUGACACCAACCGAAGAUGACCGAUGGCGUACAGGAAUAGAAGGAUUCUUAGUCUUUAAGUUUAAAAAUUGAAUAUAACGCCACUCAAGAUGAUAACAAUUCUUUGCACUCAAAUUCACAUUCAGUAGAGAUAGACACCUGGCACGAUCGUUUAAACUUCGUGAAAGACGGUGGUGAAACAAUUACAAAAAGAGCUGUACUUAAGCUUUAAAAGAAAGGGUUUCUAAUCGAUAUCUUGGCUGUUGAUUAAAUGACUGUUUAGAUAUUGAAACUCAAUUUCAGGAUUGACUAGGCUUCGAUUCUCGCCACUGUCUUAAAAUAUAUAACCUCCACAAGAUAUUUUACAAUCUAAAAAUUUAGUAGAAUUUAUUUUUAACUGCCUCUAAACUAUUUACCUCAAGUCUUCAAUUGCAGAAAUAAUUGAAUUUAAAUUGACUUUUGCUGUACUAUUUGAGCGCUCGAGCGGAAAAAUUUGUAAUUUGAGCUUAUAAUCCUCUGUAGUGAAACUGAUGCUUACUUAAGUAGUUGGAUAACACCUCGCUUGAUUGAUUGACAGAUCGCUGGGAUCUAACGUCCAGUGAAACUGAAGUAGGUCUGGGAUCUCGUUUGUUUGUUCUGUUCUGAGUUUAAAAAAAUCUACCAUUACGAGUGUUUGCGUAUUACGUGUAUUAUAUACUUCGUACUGAAUCAAUGAAAUGUUUUGUGAGGUGCUCCUAUUUUCACAAUGUUGUAAUAAUACUCAAUUAAUCAGUUCAUUUCAGAAACAAUAAUUAGUUUGAAAUUAUAUCGAAGCAAUUAUUUACACUCAAAUCAAUUAACUUCUGCUACUUUC